AUGUGGAAAGCAGUGGUACUGGCUGUGUGUCUGCUGGUGGCUGGGGUUCAGCCCAUUGACGUCCCAACAUAUGGAGUGAAGCUAUGUGGCCGUGAGUUCAUCCGGGCAGUCAUCUUCACCUGUGGAGGCUCUAGAUGGAGGCGCUCACUCAGGAGUUCAGAUGAUUCAGAGGACCCAUUCAGCUCCAGUCAGAUGGAGUCCUCGGAGGGCUUGAUUCACAAUCCUGUGGUGGAGAGUCUCCUCCAGAGGAACAGAGAUCUGAGCUUCACCACAGACAGCCAUGAGGGAGUGUUCAGCAGGCCAGCCCGUUCUUUCAUCACUGAAGAAAUCCUGCAAGCCCUACGCAAGGCUGACCGCAAGGGCCGGGACGUGGUUGUGGGCCUGUCCAAUGCCUGCUGCAAGUGGGGCUGCAGCAAGAGCGAGAUCAGCUCCCUGUGCUGA